AUGGCUAGGCUCUCAUGGAUUUCCAUUGCUUUCUUUGUCAUCCUUGCCUUCGCAAUCAAUACUUUGGUACAAGGCGGAGAAGGAUCGCUUAAACCUGAAGAAUGCGCGGGAGCGUGUGAUUUUCGGUGUUCAGCAACUUCACACAAGAAUCCAUGUCUGUUCUUUUGCAAUAUGUGUUGUCAAAAAUGUCUCUGUGUCCCAUCGGGCACAUAUGGACACAAAGAAGAAUGUCCAUGCUAUAACAACUGGAAAACCCAGGAAGGAGGUCCCAAAUGCCCUUGA